AUUGUUGGGCCCAAGAAUGAUAUCCAGUUGUUCUGAUUCCCGCCAAAGCCCAAAAUAUACCCCGUCACUUCUUCCGGCGUCCAAUCACGUUUCGAAUUCCGGAAGAUUCGGUAGUGAAAUUGUCGUCGGAAACGUAAGCACUUGCGAUUUUGGCUGUUAGACUGGAGUCCGCUACGGCAGACGAGAGAGUCGGAGAAGUGAAGAAAGAAAUCGACAGCUUUCCCCUUUUCCCCGUUUCAAGUUUCAACCCCAUUCAUCAUUCCCCCUUUUCCUACCGCCAGUUCAGUCCAAGCUUCGAAAACCUAGAAAGAAAGUUGCUUCUCAGCUAUGGAGCGGGAGAAGGAUGCUUUUUACGUUGUAAGGAAAGGCGACUUGGUCGGAAUCUACAAGAGCUUCCCUGACUGCCUAGCUCAAGCCGGUUGUUCUGUUUCCGAUCCUUCAGUGAGUGUGUUCAAAGGGUAUGGUUUGCCCAGAGAUGCUGAGGAUUACCUUGCCUCACUUGGGCUUAGAAAUGCUGCCUACUCUGUCAGUGCCACCUAUGUUCAGACCGAUCUCUUCGGGAAACUUGAGCCUUGCCGCAUUCAGCCACCAGCUUCCAACAAGGAGUCUUCUUCAAAGAGAUCUCUCGAAGCAUCGACUAUGUCUGGAUCGAAUGUGGUCAAGGAAAACUCCACAAACAAGUAUCCGAAGUUACAGUACAGUGAGAGCAGUAGACCUGUUCCAACGAACUCAGUGUGGCGGUUCUCUGAAGGCGUGGGGAUUGCGACGAACAAUGUUGCUGAAUAUCGAGGCGUGCUUCUGGGAAUGAAGCAGGCCCUCAAAAAAGGGUUUAUAGACAUCAGUGUCCAAGGGGAUUCUAAUCUUGUCUGUAUGCAGAUUCAGGGCAAGUGGAAGUUAAAAAACCCGAACAUAAUCGCAUUGGGUAACCAGGCGAAAGAGCUCAAGGACAAGUUCCGUAGUUUUGAGAUCAGACAUGUUCUGAGGGAAUUCAACUCUGAAGCUGACGCACUAGCAAACCAGGGAGUUCAACUCAGGGGUCAGUCAUAUCCCACCCUUGAACUUGCACCUCCAUUGUUACCUAUCAUCAUUAUCUUCCGUUUUCUCAUCUGUGGUGCAUCUCUGGAAUCUCUGCGCAGAUGGGCAAGUGCAAGAGGCUUUGAUCACCAAGUAGUUAGACAACAUCUGAGGUUGAGGUCAAAAUUUCAGAUUCAGGCCAGGAACGGGUGGGGAUAGAAAUCACUUUCAGUGCAGCAACUUGUUUAUACGUUUUUUGCUUAGCUUUUGGGCUUGUUGAAGCUAGAUAUCAAAUUUCAGCUAACAAUGUUGAUGAUAAUUUGACCUGUUAUUAAUUGAAAUGGAC